AUGGUCCCAAGUGAAGUCCAUCAGUACACUGGGAUUAUUCAAUUACUUCGGCAUUUUGGAUGGACCUGGAUUGGUAUCUUGGCUAUUGCCGAUGACAGUGGAGACUAUUUUUUGGAGGCCCUGGAACCGCUCCUUUCCCAGAAUGGAAUCUGUUCAACUUUCACAACAAGAUUCCCAAAACAAGCCCGUUACCCUUCUUUUGAUCAAUGGAGUGAUAUUGCUUCAAAUAUUUAUCAUUCUUUCAUCGACAGAAAAGCCAGAGCAAUUAUUAUAUAUGGUGAAAGCAUGACUCUUAUGUGGAUGAGCAUUGCAGUAGCAAUAGCUGAUCUGGAAUAUAGAGGAAACAUAUCUGUUGGGAAAGUGUGGAUUACGACAGCCCAGAUUGAUUUUUCAGUAACAGGCUUGAUAACUCGGAGGAAUUUUCAAAUAUUCCAAGGGGCUAUCUCUUUUGCUAUCCAUGCAAAUAAACAUCUAGGAUUCCAGGCAUAUCUCCAGAAUAUAAAACCUUCUUGGACACAAGAAGAUGGCUUUCUCCAGGGAUUCUGGGAACAAGCAUUCAGCUGUACAUUUCCCAAUCCCGGUGUAUCAAUGGAGGUCGACAGAACUUGUAUUGGGGAUGAGAGUCUGGAGAGUCUUCCUGGGCCUGUUUUUGAAAUGGACAUGACAGGUCACAGCUACAGUGUCUAUAAUGCUGUUUAUGCUGUGGCACAUGCUUUGCAUGCCAUGGUCUCAUCUACAUUGAAACACAAAAUAUUGGGAAGAAAAAGGCUUACAUUUCAAGUUCUCCAGUCUUGGCAGCUCCACCCAUUUCUUCAAGGCAUUUCAUUUAACAACUCUGCUGGGGAAACAGUGACUUUUAAUAAUGAAUGGGAAUUGCUUGCUGGAUUUGAUAUAACAAAUCUAAUCAUAUUUCCAAACACCUCCUUCCUUCGAGUGAAAGUUGGACAGCUGGAUCCCAAUGCCAUUGAAGGGAAAGAAUUCAUCAUCAAUGAAGAUAUAAUUGUGUGGAGCAGACAUUUUAACCAGGUGGUUCCUGUUUCUGUAUGCAGUGACUCCUGCCUUCCUGGUUAUCAGAAGAAAAAGAAGGAAGGGGAGAAGUUUUGCUGCUACGACUGUGCUCACUGCGCAGAAGGGAAGAUUUCAUACCACAAGGACAUGGAUGAUUGUUUCAGAUGCAAAGAAGAUGAGUAUCCAAGCAAGGAUCAAGACAGGUGCUUGCCCAAGAGUAUAAGCUUUCUAUCUUAUGAAGAAUCUUUAGGGGUCAGUUUAGUCUUGGUUGCUGCUUUUUUAUCAGUGAUCGCAGCUCUGGUGCUUGGGAUUUUCAUUAAGUUCAAAGAUACUCCCAUCGUCAAAGCCAACAACCGGGAUAUCACCUAUACCCUCCUUGCCUCCCUCCUGCUCUGCUUCCUCUCUUCUUUGCUCUUUCUUGGACGGCCAAAUCACUUGACCUGCUUUUUCCGUCAAUCUGCUUUUGGCAUCAUCUUCUCAGUGGCUAUUUCUUGCAUCUUGGGCAAAACCAUCACUGUGGUUGUCGCUUUCAUGGCCACAAAACCAAGGUCCAGGAUGACUAAAUGGGUGGGGAGAACAUUGUCCAACUCCAUUGUCCUUUCCUGCUCCCUCAUUCAAUUUGGCAUUUGUGCUGUGUGGUUGGCAACCUCUCCUCCAUUCCCAGAUUUUGACAUGGCAUCAAUGAGCAAAGAGAUUGUAGCAAAAUGCAGUGAAGGGUCUGUCAUCAUGUUUUAUCUUGUCCUGGGCUAUAUGGGACUUCUGGCCUUUAUCAGUUUCAGUGUGGCUUUCCUGGGCAGGAAGUUGCCAGACACUUUCAAUGAAGCCAAGUUCAUCACCUUCAGCAUGUUGAUGUUUUGCAGUGUUUGGUUGUCAUUUGUCCCGACCUACCUGAGCACCAAGGGGAAAUAUAUGGUGGCUGUGGAGAUCUUCUCCAUCUUGGCCUCCAGUGCUGGGUUACUGGGUUGUAUCUUUUUCCCCAAAUGCUACAUUAUUGUGCUAAGGCCAGACUUGAACAGCAGGGAGCAGCUAAUAAAAAGAAAAAAAUAG